GAAUAUCAGACUUUAUAGUCCUUCUCCAUUUCCGGUUCUUUUGGAACGUACUUUAUAUUUAUGUAAGAUGGCGAAACGCACGAAGAAGGUUGGAAUCACUGGUAAAUAUGGUACCCGAUAUGGUGCCUCUCUUAGGAAGAUGGUUAAGAAGAUGGAAAUCACCCAGCAUAGCAAAUAUACUUGUACAUUUUGUGGCAAGGAUGCUAUGAAACGAAGUGUUGUGGGUAUUUGGUCUUGUAAACGUUGUAAAAAGACAGUUGCUGGAGGUGCAUGGGUAUAUUCUACAACAGCUGCAGCUUCUGUUAGGUCUGCUGUAAGGAGAUUGCGUGAAGUUAAAGAACAGUAAAU